UGAUCUCCAGCCCCAGCAGAAAAAGUAGAGAGUUCAGCCUACCUGGAGCUUUGGCUGUGAUCUCAGUCCACGCUCUGGGCUCCUUAGCAAAGUUAAAGCAUGCUGGCCUUUGUGUUACACAAGUUGGGAAGAAGCCUCUUAUUCAUCUGUCAUGUAGUUUUUAUUUUAUUUCUUUAUUUCUUUAGGUUUAUUAAUUUUGUGAAAAACUACCAGAAUCCAAACCUGACCAUUUCUUUCACUGCUGAGCGAAGUAUUGAAGAUGAGCUGAACCGAGAAAGUAACAGCGACGUCUUCACCAUCGGGAUUAGCUAUGCCGUCAUGUUUGUGUAUAUUUCUCUGGCUUUGGGGCACAUCCAAAGCUGUGGAAGAUUUCUGGUGGAUUCUAAAAUCUCCCUGGGCAUUGCGGGGAUCCUGAUCGUGCUGAGCUCGGUGGCCUGCUCACUGGGCAUCUUCAGCUACAUGGGGAUGCCUCUGACCCUCAUUGUCAUUGAAGUCAUCCCGUUCUUGGUGCUGGCUGUUGGGGUGGACAACAUCUUCAUUCUGGUACAAACCUACCAGGUAAAUAUUCAUCUUCUCCUGAAGCAGGGCCUCUCUCCAAGUUCAGGGGUUUGUAAACAGCUGCUCGGCUCUGCCUUGGAGAAUGCAGAUGGCUUUACAUCCUUCCCCCGGUGGCUCCUUGCUAUUGUUGCUUUGUUCUGGAUGUUUUAGGACCAAGAAUUUGAGCUGUCUCUUCAGUUGGUGGACUGAUAGAAAGUGAGAAUUUGGUAUGAAAUGAUUCCUGUUUUCACAUAUGUGCAGGCAGACCUAACACACUUUGGGGAAAUUACUUUGGGUAUGUGAUCAA